UUUCAACAUGAAGUUCGUCAUCGUCCUCGUUGCCCUUUUCGCCCUGGCCGCUGCCCGUCCCAACCGCGAUGCGGAGACCCUCCGUUACGAUUCGAAUGUCGAACCCGAGAACUACAACUACAAUGUGGAGACGAGUGAUGGAAAGUCGGUUGCGGAGGAGGGACAUGUGGAAGACUUGGGAACUGAAGAGGAGGCCAUCGUCGUGAAGGGCUCUUACUCCUACAUUGGCGACGACGGUGUCACAUACUCCGUCAACUACAUUGCCGACAAGAACGGAUUCCAGCCCCAGGGCGCUCAUAUUCCUGUUGCCUAA